UCGCCCCUGUGGCAUGCGCGAGGCGGCGGCUGGGCACCGCCAUCUUGGCCGGUGUGUGUAGGAACACGCUGUGUGGCUGAAAAGUGAAAGCAAGAGCAGAUUUGGCUUCUGCGUUCCCCUCCCCAAGGGGAAUCUGUUUGUCCAGAGAAUCUGGAUAGUCUUACUUCCUUAGAAUUAUGGCGGAUAAAUUAACAAGAAUUGCUAUUGUCAACCAUGACAAGUGUAAACCUAAGAAAUGUCGGCAGGAGUGCAAAAAGAGUUGCCCUGUGGUUCGAAUGGGAAAAUUAUGCAUAGAGGUUACCCCCCAGAGCAAAAUAGCGUGGAUUUCUGAAACUCUUUGUAUUGGUUGUGGUAUUUGUAUUAAGAAAUGCCCCUUUGGCGCCUUAUCAAUUGUCAAUUUACCAAGCAACUUGGAAAAAGAAACGACACAUCGAUAUUGUGCCAAUGCCUUCAAACUUCACAGGUUGCCUAUUCCUCGUCCAGGUGAAGUUUUGGGAUUAGUUGGAACUAAUGGUAUUGGAAAGUCAACUGCUUUAAAAAUUUUAGCAGGAAAGCAAAAACCAAACCUUGGAAAGUAUGAUGAUCCACCUGAUUGGCAAGAAAUUUUGACUUACUUUCGUGGAUCUGAAUUGCAAAAUUACUUUACCAAGAUUUUAGAAGAUGACCUAAAAGCCAUUAUCAAACCUCAGUAUGUAGACCAGAUUCCCAAGGCUGCAAAGGGGACAGUGGGGUCUAUUUUGGACCGAAAAGAUGAAACAAAGACGCAAGCAAUUGUAUGUCAACAGCUUGAUUUAACUCAUCUAAAAGAACGCAAUGUUGAAGAUCUUUCAGGAGGAGAGUUGCAGAGAUUUGCUUGUGCUGUCGUUUGCAUACAGAAAGCUGAUAUUUUUAUGUUUGAUGAACCUUCUAGUUACCUAGAUGUCAAGCAGCGUUUAAAGGCUGCUAUUACUAUACGAUCUCUAAUAAAUCCAGAUAGAUAUAUCAUUGUGGUGGAGCAUGAUCUAAGUGUUUUAGACUAUCUCUCUGACUUCAUCUGCUGUUUAUAUGGCGUACCAAGUGCUUAUGGUGUUGUCACUAUGCCUUUUAGUGUAAGAGAAGGCAUAAACAUUUUUUUGGAUGGCUACGUUCCAACAGAAAACUUGAGAUUCAGAGAUGCAUCACUUGUUUUUAAAGUGGCUGAGACAGCAAAUGAAGAAGAAGUUAAAAAGAUGUGUAUGUAUAAAUAUCCCGGAAUGAAGAAAAAGAUGGGAGAGUUUGAGCUAGCUAUUGUAGCUGGAGAGUUUACAGAUUCUGAAAUCAUGGUCAUGUUGGGAGAAAAUGGUACUGGUAAAACGACGUUUAUCAGAAUGCUUGCUGGAAGACUUAAACCCGAUGAAGGAGGGGAAGUACCAGUUCUAAAUGUCAGUUAUAAGCCACAGAAAAUCAGUCCCAAAUCAACUGGCAGUGUUCGACAGCUACUACAUGAAAAGAUAAGAGAUGCUUACACUCAUCCACAAUUUGUGACUGAUGUAAUGAAGCCUCUGCAAAUUGAAAACAUUAUUGAUCAAGAGGUUCAGACCUUAUCUGGUGGUGAACUGCAGCGAGUAGCUUUAGCUCUCUGUUUGGGCAAACCUGCUGAUGUCUAUUUAAUUGAUGAACCAUCUGCAUAUUUGGAUUCUGAACAGAGAUUAAUGGCUGCUCGAGUUGUCAAACGUUUUAUACUCCAUGCUAAGAAGACAGCCUUUGUUGUAGAACAUGACUUCAUCAUGGCCACCUAUCUAGCAGAUCGAGUCAUUGUUUUUGAUGGUAUUCCAUCUAAGAAUACAGUUGCAAACAGUCCUCAAACCCUUUUGGCUGGCAUGAAUAAAUUUCUGUCUCAGCUUGAAAUUACAUUCAGAAGAGAUCCAAACAACUAUAGGCCAAGAAUAAACAAACUCAAUUCAAUUAAGGAUGUAGAACAAAAGAAGAGUGGAAACUACUUUUUCUUGGAUGAUUAGAGUGAAUCUAAGGAUAUCAAUAAGCCAUUUAUUAAAAAACAUUUUGGGGGAUUUUUGUCAUAUAAAACUUAAAUCAGGUUUUAUGCCUCACAUGCUCUGGAGCUUGAAGUAUAAUUACUUAUUGUAACUUCAAAAACCAGUUGUGCAGUAAAUUACACUCUGAAUACAGAAAAUGCCACUUUUCUGUUCUUGAUGAUAAGGCCCUUUUUGUGCAUAACAUUCUAAAAUGAAGACAUUUCAGGCUAUACAAAUUACCUCCAAGUUUUCAUGAUGUAUGAGAAGAUUUUCAGUAGGUGUAUUAUAUAUUCAUGUACCAAAUGCUGACCAGUGUUGCCCCCUUUUAAAAAUCUUGCAAAAGGUUUCUGUACUUACCUUGUUUGCCAAAUAUGCCACUAUAAUGAAACUUCCCUUAUUUUAAAAGCCAGUCGGCGAGUCCCCUGGUGAAAUUUGAUAAAUAAACAUCAGGAUUACA